AUGAGGAGGAACCUAGAGGAAAAGGAGGAGUCACAAACCAGAGCAGAUCUCUUGAGCUGCUGCCUCCUGGUUAGUUAUGAUUGCACUGAAGUCACUUUAAUUCUGAAGAAGUAAAGAGGAAGUGAACCCGGCAGCUACACUACAUCUGCGGCCGUCGUGAGACUUCAUGAUGGAUGUUUGUCCCACCAGGUCAUCUGAUUUGAGUGAGACUGAAAAGGCUGAGAUCGAGGUAAUCAAACAACACAAGACAGAACUGCUGGAGGAUAUUCAGAAGCUAAAAGAUGAGAUUGCUGAAGUAUUUGCUGAGAUAGAUCGUUUCCAGCAGUCACAGUCCAGCAAACUAAUCCAGAGGGAUAAAAUUCUGUCCGCAGGGAGGAAGAAAUUUAACAUGGACCCAACUAAGGGGCUCCAGUAUCUGACAGAGCACAAAGUGUUGUCCUCAGAUGUGCAAGAAAUUGCCCAAUUCCUUUACAAAGGGGAAGGCCUCAACAAGACAGCCAUUGGAGAUUAUCUGGGACAGAGGGAUCCACUGAACCUCCAGGUUCUUCAAGCCUUUGUUGAGUGUCACCAAUUUGCCAACCUCAACCUAGUGCAAGCACUCAGACAGUUCCUGUGGAGCUUCCGGUUGCCUGGAGAGGCACAGAAAAUUGACCGCAUGAUGGAAGCUUUUGCCAACUGGUAUUGUCAGUGCAAUCCAGGGGUUUUCCAGUCAACAGACACCUGCUACAUCCUCUCCUUCUCCAUCAUAAUGUUGAACACCAGCCUGCAUAACCCAAAUGUCAAAGACAAGCCCCCCUUUGAGAGGUUCGUGUCUAUGAACAGAGGCAUCAAUGAUGGAGCAGACCUACAGGAACCACUCCUGAGGAUUUUGUUUGACAGCAUCAAGAACGAACCAUUUUCCAUCCCUGAGGAUGAUGGGAAUGAUCUCACCCACACUUUCUUCAACCCCAGCCGGGAAGGCUGGCUCCUUAAACUAGGGGGCAGAGUGAAGACUUGGAAACGGCGCUGGUUCAUUUUAACUGAUAACUGCUUGUACUAUUUUGAAUUCACCACGGAUAAGGAACCUCUAGGGAUUAUUCCCUUGGAAAACCUUUCUGUUCGGAAAGUAGAUGACCUGAAGAAACCAAACUGUUUUGAGCUUUUUCAUGCAAACUGCAAGGGGCAGAAGAUCAAAGCCUGCAAAACUGAUGGGGAUGGAAAGGUAGUUGAAGGCAAGCACCAGUCUUACAAGAUCUCAGCAGCCUUGCCAGAGGAGCGUGACCUAUGGAUUGAAGCAAUAAGAACCAGCAUUACUCGAGACCCCUUCUAUGACCUAGUCGCAGCUCGCAAGAAAAAGAUUGCCAGCAAAAAAUGAUCCUUUCCCUGCCAUCUUGCUUUCCUAAUAUUUCACUUCAAGAAAACGACUUCCUUGGAGCUCUCCCAUUUAUACCACAAUUUCCUGUCUGAAACAGGAAUAAGACUGAUAGGGCUGGUGAACUGGACCUCAUCUUUCCAUUCUCAAGGUCAGAAUCUGCACACCAUUUUCAGGAAUUAUGGCUCUCUCAUGUCUGCACAGAACAAACGUUAGCCAACUUCCGAACUUCCCCUGACAUUUUUAUGCAUCGUACUAAACAGGGACAGAUGCUUGCGAUUCCUUGAUCACGGUUCUGGGUCUAUAUUAGCAGUUCAGUUGAAGCCCAGGAAAGAAAUGCCACUGCUGUGACUUUAUAUUUAAAGAACUGAGACAAGAAGACCAGCGUGUCUACCAAUGGUUGGCCAUUAAAUGCCCUAACGAGGCAGGACAAACCUGCUUACAUGGAAUCUUCUCCAGCUGGUUGCUCUGGGGUCUCCUAAAUAAUGAUUCAGAUCUGAGUGUUGCCUAGCAGGUGGGAAUGAAGGAAUUCAAAGGACAGUGGUCACCUGAAGGGAUGAAGGGACCCAGUGCCCUGUGGUAGGGUUUGACAAGAGGAAGCACUUCUGUACAAUUGGCUUGUAGAGCUUGGACCAUAAUUAUUCUGAACGUGUGAACUGCUGCCAACCAAGGCCAUUUUAAUGCUGAAGUGUGGGUUCUCAGGGCAGCAGCUUCCAGCCAUCCUGGCUCUAAAAUGAUACUUUAGGGAGCAGGCAGUUCUUACGUUCUCUGAGCUGGCUGCCGCAUCAGUGCUGGAACAGACGAGAAAAAGUAGUUAGUAUAGGGAUUAGUGAUACACUUAGAGGACAGUCCCAUACAGAGGAUCAAGAACCGAGCUUUGGUCUGGGAGGCUUGCAUUCAAGCUUCAUUUCUGCUCCAGCUCACGCCGAGUCCUCAGACAACUCAUUCCCUACUGGCCGGCUUCAGUUUCUCAUCUGUGAAAUGUGCAUUAAAAAAUAUCCUGCGUCACUGGGAGCAAACAUAACUGUUCUGUAAAGCUCUUUGUGAAGAAAUGCUAUGUAAAUGAUAAAUUUUUUUUGAGGGGGGGGAGAAAUAGUUGGCGGAGAAUGGUAGAAAAAUGUUUUGAAAAAAUCAAACGCAAAUGGAUGCAAAAAUGUCUAAUGCAUCAACACACACGCUCAAAGCCAAAAGGAUGGACAACUGCCAAUGUUUAAAAAACAAUAAAAAUGUGGAGAAAAACA